AUGGCCUCAGCCUUCUUUUCUCUCGUGGCACGCGAUGAUCAGCAAGAGAUAAUAUGCACGUUGAAAACUUGUCCUAUUGACGCCUCCUACUACAAUUACCUGCCGUCGCGAGCAGCCAAUGGCGUCUUUGAUGGUCUAUUUGCCCUGUCACUGGGACUGUACAUUUCACAGGCAAUUAUCUCAAGGAGCUUUAUCGGCUUCAGUAUAGCCAUGAUAUGUGGCUGUAUCCUAGAAGUCCUAGGCUACGUUGGGCGCUUAAUGUCAAACAGCAACCCUUUCAACGAGAAUGGUUUCCUGAUGCAGAUUGUGUGCCUAACCAUUGCGCCGGCUUUUCUGGCUGCCGGAAUCUACCUUUGCCUAUCACGAAUUGUCCACAUUUUUGGCGCAGAAAACUCACGCCUCAAGCCGCGGUCUUACCCACGCAUCUUCAUCCCUUGCGAUGUCAUUUCACUAGUGCUGCAGGCCAUUGGUGGUGGUACCGCGUCGAGCGAAUCUCACCAACACAAAUCAACAAAGACCGGAGACCACAUUAUGCUUGCCGGACUGGCCUUCCAGGUCUUCACCUUGGCAUUGUUCAUCGUUCUGUGUACCGACUUUGCCAUUCGCACACUUGGCCGAAUGCGCCGACUUGGUUCCGCCGAAGCUCUCGAUCCCACCCAUGCCAGGCUUCGGGGUUCAUGGAAGUUCCGCGGCUUCCUUGUCGCGCUCGCCCUGUCAACCCUCUGCAUCUUCAUCCGAUCAAUCUAUCGUGUGGCUGAACUCGCCGAGGGCUGGGAGGGUGCUCUGAUUAAAAAUCAAAAUCUCUUUAUUGGUUUCGAGGGCGCCAUUAUUUCCCUCGCCGUCCUUGUCCUGAACGUCUUUCAUCCGGGCUACUGCUUCUCUGAAGGCUAUGCUGUCAAAAUGGGGAAGAAGAAUCGGGGACAGGUGGUGGACGAGAGCGUGACCGGAAGUCAGGCUGAGUUCAAAGCAUGA